GCUCCUGAGGUUCGCCGUGGGUUGCCUCUGCUGCCGGUCCUGCAGGCAGCGCCGGCAGGCGGCCCAGGAGCACAGCCUCGAGGAGGGCGGGGGCAGCGACGAGCCGGGGUCCGCCAUCAGGGCCGCCCCCCAGCGCCUGGGGAGCACGGGCGGGCCGGCGGCCGACGGCUGCGACAGCGAGGCCUUCCUCGCCGGGCAGGGGAUGGCCCGCACGUCGAGGAGCUCGGCGACGAUCGGUUCCGACGCCGCCAAGGAGAGCCCCUUCCAGCGGACGCGUCCGGCGCUGCUCCGGGCCCCGCACAUGAGGUUGCCCCGGAUGCUGUUCGGCGACGACGGGGUGAUGCAGCCCUACGACGAGGCGCAGGCGCAGCUGCAGGACCAGCUGGGGGACCUGGCGCGCGGCGUGUACGAGGUGCACGCGCUGUGGGACCUCGGCGCCAGGCCCCGCGCCGAGCAGCUCAUGCUGUGCAUCUCGCAGGCGCACAUCUUCCUCGUGGCCCUCGGGAGCGGGAGGACGCUGCACGUGACCGAGUCCGCGCGCUCCACGGCGUUCACCUUGGCGCCCACCUGGAGCUUCAACAACAUGAGGUGGCACGCCCGGAGGAGCAUUGGACACCGCACCUCGAAGAUAUCGACGGGCAUGUCCAAGCGGGCGGUGGAGCAAGUUGCUGCGACGGUGGAGCAAGCCGCUUCGAAGCGGACCGACAUGCGGUGCUGGCUCUUCAAGGACCUGGUGAGGGCCCAGGUCGAGGACGCGGAGCACGAGGGCGAGGCGCUGUCGCCAGGGGCCCGCCAGUGCACGCUGACCUUCCACUUCCGCGACCACAUGUGCACGAAGGAGGUCCCACGCGGCGUGUGGGUGGAGCGCGCCGUCCAGGCGCUGAACGAGCGGAUCGACCAGGAGGGGAGCUUCGACAGGCAGUGA